AACUACAGUCGGUCCCCAAGUCCCAACUCAAACGCCGCCGCCGAGCGCCUAGCGCCUUUGCCCGACGAAAAAAAAAAAUCUAACCCGAAAGCGCCGGCGGCAAGUGAAGAGAAAGCGCCGGCGAUGGACGCGUCUGCCGGCGGCGGCGGCAACUCCCUGCCGACCACUGGCGCGGACGGGUCGAAGCGCCGCGUCUGCUACUUCUACGACGCGGAGGUGGGCAACUACUACUACGGGCAGGGCCACCCGAUGAAGCCGCACCGCAUCCGCAUGACCCACGCGCUGCUCGGCCGCUACGGCCUCCUCGACCAGAUGCAAGUGCUCCGCCCUCACCCUGCCCGCGACCGCGACCUCUGCCGCUUCCACGCCGACGACUACGUCGCCUUCCUCCGCUCCGUCACCCCCGAGACGCAGCAGGACCAGAUCCGCGCGCUCAAGCGCUUCAACGUCGGCGAGGACUGCCCCGUCUUCGACGGUCUCUACAGUUUCUGCCAGACCUACGCGGGGGGCUCCGUUGGCGGCGCCGUCAAGCUCAACCACGGCCAUGACAUCGCCAUCAACUGGGCCGGCGGACUCCACCACGCCAAGAAGUGCGAGGCCUCCGGGUUCUGCUAUGUUAAUGACAUCGUCCUCGCCAUCCUCGAGCUACUAAAGUAUCACCAGCGCGUUCUGUACGUGGAUAUUGAUAUCCACCACGGGGACGGCGUGGAGGAGGCUUUUUACACCACAGACCGGGUCAUGACGGUCUCAUUCCACAAGUUUGGGGAUUAUUUCCCUGGGACAGGGGACAUUCGUGAUGUUGGGCACUCAAAGGGUAAAUAUUACUCCCUGAAUGUUCCGCUGGACGACGGUAUUGAUGAUGAAAGCUAUCAGUCGUUGUUCAAGCCAAUAAUGGGUAAGGUGAUGGAGGUCUUCAACCCUGGUGCAGUUGUCCUCCAGUGUGGUGCAGAUUCAUUAUCAGGUGACAGAUUGGGCUGUUUCAACCUCUCUAUUAAGGGUCAUGCAGAAUGUGUAAGAUUUAUGAGGUCCUUCAAUGUCCCGCUGUUGCUGCUUGGUGGUGGAGGUUAUACCAUAAGAAACGUUGCACGGUGUUGGUGCUAUGAGACAGGAGUUGCCCUUGGUCAUGAGCUCACUGACAAGAUGCCACCUAAUGAGUACUAUGAGUAUUUUGGUCCAGAUUACACUCUACAUGUUGCUCCAAGUAACAUGGAGAAUAAAAACACACGGCAUCAAUUGGAUGAUAUAAAAUCAAAACUUCUAGAUAAUCUUUCGAAACUCCGACAUGCUCCUAGUGUUCAAUUUCAAGAGCGACCUCCUGAGGCUGAGUUACCUGAGCAAGAUGAAGACAAAGAGAAUCCUGAUGAAAGACGUGAUGCUGAUUCUGAUGUGGAAAUGAAUGAUGCCAAGCCUUUGGAUGACUAUGGGAGGAGGGGCAGCAUACAGAAUUUAAGAAUGAAGAAAGAGUCUGCUGAGACAGAGGCAGUUGAUCAGGAUGUUAAUAGUGCAGCUGCAGAACAUUCUAGAGGCACUGGACCUGUGGCUGAUGGAGUUGGUUCCUCGAAACAAACCUUUCCGAACGACACUACUCCGAUGUCCAUAGAUGAACCAAACGUUCUGAAAGUUGAGCAACAGAGUCCAAACAAAUUGCAGGACCAACCGACGAUGCACCAGAAGCCAUGAUCACCUUAACAUAGUAGCUAAUGUCAUCUGUAGCCUGUCGAUUCUUUUGUGCAAAUUCAUUUGACUGUAGGCAAGCCGUGCAUGUCACAAGGCUGAAGCAGGGAGCAGAAGCAAAUGCUAACCAAGAAGUUGUGCAUCUGAAAUCUAUAGUGUUUUGCGCGUUGCAUUUGUAUUACGAACAGUUGAAAACGAUGAUUUACUGGUUUAUAAUCAUGAAAUUUUGUCUUCCAUCCUUUGCUUAUGCAGAGGAAGGAAUUGAUAUUGUCGUAUGCAUCAGUUAAGUAGUGCUUUUGUCGCAGAUGUCCAUGUGAUUGUAAUGUGCAGGAACUAGAGGAAUUCCAGCAAUAGCUCAUAAAGUUGGGCCCUUCACUC